AUGACUGGAAAACGAAUGACCCGCGGGAUGAAGGAAACGGGAGGACAAGCCAAGCACGGGAUCAGAGUCACCAAGGUGAACUGGCAGCGGUCGAGGAACGGCACUGCCCACCACACCCAGGAGUACCCCUGCCCUAAGCUGGUGGUUCGCAGGGGCCAGAUAUUCAGCCUCAGGCUGGAGCUGAGCGGAGCUCUGGACAGCGAAGAGAACGUCAUCUUCACGGUGGAGACAGGACCCCAGGCUUCUGAGGCCCUCCACACCAAAGCUGAGUUCCAGACAUCAGAACCAGAAGGGGACAAAGCCUGGACAGCAGCGAAGGAGGCUCAGAUGGAGAAGACAAGGAAAGGCAGGGUGUUUGAAGAGGACAUCCUGGACAUCUGCCUGUCCAUCCUGGACCGAAGCCCCAGUCACCAAGACAACCCAGCCAUGGAUGUGUCCCGCCGCCACGACCCCAUCUACGUUACCAGGGUCGUCAGUGCCAUGGUGAACAGCAACAAUGACCGGGGCGUGGUGCAAGGCCAGUGGCAGGGCAAAUACGGCAGCGGCACCAGCCCGCUGCACUGGCGCGGCAGCGUGGCCAUUCUGCAGAAGUGGUUCAAGGGCAGAUACAAGCCCGUCAAAUACGGCCAGUGCUGGGUCUUCGCUGGAGUCAUGUGCACAGUCCUUAGGUGCUUGGGGAUUGCGACACGGGUUGUGUCCAACUUCAACUCAGCCCAUGACACGGACAGGAACCUGAGUGUGGACAAAUAUGUGGACUCCUUCGGGCGGACCCUGGAGGACCUGACAGAAGACAGCAUGUGGAAUUUCCACGUCUGGAAUGAGAGCUGGUUUGCCCGGCAGGACCUGGGCCCCUCUUACAAUGGCUGGCAGGUUCUGGACGCCACCCCGCAGGAGGAGAGCGAAGGCGUGUUCCGGUGCGGCCCCGCCUCCGUCACCGCCAUCCGCGAGGGCGACGUGCACCUGGCCCACGACGGCCCCUUCGUGUUCGCGGAGGUCAACGCGGACUACAUCACCUGGCUGUGGCGUGAGGACGAGAGCCGGGAGCGCGUGUACUCGGACACAAAGAAGAUCGGGAGGUGCAUCAGCACCAAGGCGGUGGGCAGCGACACCCGCGUGGACAUCACGGGCCUCUACAAGUACCCGGAAGGGUCCCGGAAGGAGAGGCAGGUGUACAGCAAGGCGGUGAAGAAGCUGUUCGGCGUGGAGGCCUCCGGCAGGAGGACCCGGAUCCGCAGGGCCGGGGGAAGGGGUCUCUGGAGAGAUGACCUCCUGGAGCCUGCCACCAAGCCCAGCAUCACCGGCAAGUUCAAGGUGCUGGAGCCGCCCGUGCUGGGCCACGACCUGAGGCUGGCCCUGUGCUUGACCAGCCUCACCUCCCGGGCCCAGCGGGUGCGAGUCAACCUGAGCGGUGCCACCAUCCUCUACACCCGCAGGACGGUGGCAGAGAUCCUGCACGAAUCCCACACGGUGAAACUGGGGCCGCAAGAAGGCGUGUUCCGGUGCGGCCCCGCCUCCGUCACCGCCAUCCGCGAGGGCGACGUGCACCUGGCCCACGACGGCCCCUUCGUGUUCGCGGAGGUCAACGCGGACUACAUCACCUGGCUGUGGCGUGAGGACGAGAGCCGGGAGCGCGUGUACUCGGACACAAAGAAGAUCGGGAGGUGCAUCAGCACCAAGGCGGUGGGCAGCGACACCCGCGUGGACAUCACGGGCCUCUACAAGUACCCGGAAGGGUCCCGGAAGGAGAGGCAGGUGUACAGCAAGGCGGUGAAGAAGCUGUUCGGCGUGGAGGCCUCCGGCAGGAGGACCCGGAUCCGCAGGGCCGGGGGAAGGGGUCUCUGGAGAGAUGACCUCCUGGAGCCUGCCACCAAGCCCAGCAUCACCGGCAAGUUCAAGGUGCUGGAGCCGCCCGUGCUGGGCCACGACCUGAGGCUGGCCCUGUGCUUGACCAGCCUCACCUCCCGGGCCCAGCGGGUGCGAGUCAACCUGAGCGGUGCCACCAUCCUCUACACCCGCAGGACGGUGGCAGAGAUCCUGCACGAAUCCCACACGGUGAAACUGGGGCCGCAAGAAG